GAUGGUUUGACACCUCUACUAGGCGCCUAUUUUUUGCGAGGUUAAAGCGAAUUUUGCAGCCGGCGUCUUCAAUUAAGAAUAAGUACAGUGCUAAGAAUUGUUGAAUCAUGUCGAUGUCUACCUUCAACUUUGCGAGCAUGGCGGCCCAAAUUACCGAAGAACAGGGUAUAUCAUUCCAGGACAAAGCUAAAACCUGGGACUCUGCAUCAGAUGUUCAGGAGGUGGUGGAUGCUCUCAACAACCAGGCAACGGUUAAUUUCCUGAACCUUGAUGGAAACACGCUGGGAGUGGAGGCGGCCAGAGCCAUUGGCGAGGCCCUGAAGCGUCAUCCGGAGUUCCGCAAGGCGCUGUGGAAGAAUCUGUUUACUCGCCGUCUUAAGGCGGAAAUUCCAGAGGCCUUGCAGCUCCUUGGAGCCGGCUUGAUUGCAGCAGGAGCGAAACUGACGGUUUUGGAUCUGAGCGACAAUGCCCUUGGCCCCAAUGGCAUGCGUGGAUUGGAAGUAUUUCUGCGCUCGCCAGUCUGCUACUCGCUUCAGGAGCUGCACCUCUACAACUGUGGCCUUGGCCCCGAGGGUGGUGCCAUGUUGUCCAAGGCUCUCAUAGACCUCCAUGCCAAUGCGAGAAAGGCGGGAACUCCGCUCCAGCUCCGUGUCUUUGUGGGGGGACGUAAUCGCCUAGAGGACUCUGGCGCCAAGGCACUGGCAAAAGCGUUCGCCACUCUGAAAACGUUGCAGGAGAUUGUCCUGCUACAGAACUCAAUAUAUUUGGAAGGGGUUAAAGCUCUGGCCUAUUCAUUCAAGGCGAACCCCCACCUGCGAGUGCUGAACAUGUACGACAACACCGUGAAGUCCAAGGGCGCUGAUGAGAUAGCCGAAGUCAUUAAAAGCCUGACAAUGCUGCGGGAGAUCCACUUUGGCGACUGCCUUAUAGGCACGAAUGGCGCCUAUCAAAUUGCCGAGGCUUUGGAAAACUCAAAUAACGAUCUCGAGGUGAUUGACCUGAGUUCCAAUGAGAUCAACUCUGAUGGCGGUCUGGUGCUGGUUGCGGCCAUUCAGAACAAGCCGAAGCUUCGUGUUCUUAACAUUGAUGGAAAUUGCUUUGGCCAUGAGGGCUGCGCGCAGAUCAUUGAGCAGAUGUCCACUUAUGGCAAUGCCGAUGCUCUGCAACCUUUCGAGGAGGACGAGGACGAAAAUGAGCCCGAAGAGUCCAGCGAGGAGGAGGAGGAACAGGAGUACGAUGAUGGGAACGACGAGUACGACGAGCAUGAGCACGCCAAUGAUACGACCGAAGAGGCCGACGAAGAUGACGAUGAGUAUGCCGAGGAGACCGCCUAUGUGACCACCAAUGCAUACACCACUAAGUUAUUCAACGAAUGGACAGACUCCAAGGCCAGCGACACCUUUGCCAUCGGAAACCAGUCGCCCACCAAGAGUUGCAACCCCGAACAGUUCUGCCUGAGCCAGACGCCCUGCUCUCUGCAACAGUUCGAGUCCCUCGACGAUGAGAACAAUCUGCAGGCUCUACAGGGGAUUAUAAAUCAAUUCACUGGUGACAAUCAUUUGCUGCUCCUCGUCUUCACCACUCUGAAGUGCGCGCAUUUGUCGCAGUUAUCUCAGCCGGCCCUAGAGCUCGCCGUUUCACUUUUCCAGGCCACAUUCGACUAUGCCUUAAAAACCAAGCAGGAGACACGUGUCCUAAACUAUGUCCUGAAGCAGUUGGGCCUUUUGCGCUGCGAGGAGACCUUCAAGACAGACUACGAUGUGAAAAGUUGCCGCCACGCCCUUCGCGAGGCACUGCAGAAACCCCACUUUGCCAAUGACAACAUCAAAAACACAUUUAAGCUAUUUCUUGAUAAGGUCGAUGCUUAAACUGAUCCUAAAUUAAGCCUUUUCAAUUAAAAUGUUAUCAAAUUCCACUUCUUUGGUGAAGAAAAUAUAUGCGUAUGUAUG